AUGCCGAAAUCCUCCGAACGCGCAUGGCUUGCUUAUCACAUAGAAGCUCUCUUCCAUAAGCCAACCCAUGGCACUGGCCCUGCUGUGCCCGUUCCUUACGAUGUUGUGACCUCUCGUGGAGGCCCAAUCAUCCCGAUGGCGAACAAUACACUAGAAGCAAUGACCACUAUGCAGACUAUUAUGUUUGAAGCGUUUGAUGAGUAG